AACUGACUGACGGAAUGGGAGGGCAGUGUGAAAUCCGAGCCCAGGAAGGCAGCAGCCAACUGCCUGAACAGCAGGAAAAACAUCACAACAUCAGCCAGCUCACCUAUCAUUUUAUUUUUUAAAAGGCAGCAGGGGAAAGAUGGAAAAUGCCAUUGUGGAAGAGGUGGCUGCAUCUUUGGUGAGAGAAUUUCUCAGCAAAAAGGGCUUGAAAAAGACAAGCACGGCAAUGGACGAGGAGUUCCCGCGCACAGCUCUCAGCAUCAACAACAGAAAUGAGCUUCGUAACAUUUUACACCUGCAAUCUUUGUACAAAUUGAACAAGGCGAAGGAGAACCCCCUAAAAACCAUUCUUGAAAUCAUGACCAACUAUUUUCUGGAGCUCACCAGCACCAUGAAGGCGAGUCCACCGGCCCCACAAAACCAGCAGCCUAGAGGUGCAGAGACCUCUGUGUUGAAGAAAUCACAGUCUGAUGAAGUUACGCGUGAACUGCCUGAAAAAAACAAAACUGAAGCCUACAGCUAUGAAUUUGAAGAAGAACCCAUCCACCCAGCUGGUCAACUCAGACGGCAUUCGCACAAGAAGAGUGAGAAAAGCAAGAGCGAAAAAUUGCUCAGUAGCAGCCACUUGCUGAAUCCUGGCUCAAAGAAAGCCAUUCAUCACAGUGAGGAUUUUCAAACAGUGGAGACAAGAACAGCAAUGAGAGAGAAACUCCAAACCAGAUCAAGCGAUCUCCUUGCCAGUUUUGAAGAGGAUUCCUCAAAAAGAAGGCAUCACAAGAGGCUUUCCGGAAUCGCCAGCCCAGCACAACAUGGAGAGGAAGGGGAUGCAAACACCUCUUUGACUGCACCAAUGGAGGAUUCACUGGAGAGCCUGAGAAUUGCCAAGCAAACAUCAAGUGAUGUGUCUUCAUGCAAUGCCCCUUUGCUGGAUGUAAACAGCGACCCUUCAUCCAUGACAUCAGUCAGACCGCUUGCAAAAACAUUGGAUGAAACAGCUAGAAAUUCAACCAGUGGCAGAGGGGAACUGUUGGCCAAUUUGUUGUCAGAACAUCAACUUGAAGAAAGCAAGCCCAUGUCCAAUCACGGCAUCGAAAAGAACAAAAAAAGCACUCGCUUAAACCUUUUUCAGCAGCAGAUAUCUAUGGGAAGUGAAAAAAGAGGAAGAUCACUGAAAAACAGUGACAUUCGGGUUUCGGAAUGCAGAAACACUCCAGGAUCCACUAAAGAUUGCAUGCUCAGAGAUGCGUUGGAACUAGUUGAUGUUGAGGAUGAAGAAACACUGGAGGAAGCAUACAAGAUCCCGGACUCAUCUCUACCUGUUUUCAAAGUUACAUCAAAGCCCAUUGAUUUCUUCCUCGCAAGGGACCUAAAGAUUCUGCUGUUUGGCUCCAGCCUUGGCUGCUUCAGUGAAGAAUGGCGAAUCCAGAGUUUUACCUUUAGUGAUAACCCUUUGCUGAAAUAUGGGAUUGUGCAAAAAAAGGGUGGGCCGUGCGGGGUACUGGCAGCGGUUCAAGCCUGCGUCCUGCAGCACCUUAUCUUCGGAGACAGGAACAGGAACAGUGAUACACGGAGCCUUCAGCCUUCAGAUGGACAAAGGACCAGAUGCCUCGCUUUGGCUCUCGCUGCCAUUUUAUGGCGUGCUGGUGGCAAUGAGAAAGCAGUCGUUACCUUGUGCUCAGGAAUGCAACAGUUCACCCCUGCAGGAAAAUACAAAACAGACGGCAUCUUGGAAACGCUCCUGCUGUACACUCUCACAAGAUAUGAAGACCUCCUGGCAUUUCUGCAACAAAAUACUCAUCAGUUUGAAGCCGGUCCAUACGGGUGCAUCCUUCUGACGUUGUCUGUGAUAUUGUCAAGAUCCAUCGAUCGAGUUCGUGGGGAUUUUGAUGUCAUCACAAACCAAUUGAUUGGUAUACAUGGAUACUGUUCACAGGAACUGGUCAACCUGCUUCUGACUGGAAUGGCCAUGUCCAAUGUUUUCAAUGACGUGAUGGAGCUGGACUCUGGAAAUGGCAACAUCAUGGUUUUAAAAGGCAUCGGGGGCCGCAGUGAUGUUGGCUUGCUGUCUCUUUUUGAGCAUUAUGACGUCUGUCAGGUUGGUUGUUAUUUGAAGACCCCCAAGUUCCCCAUUUGGCUUGUGUGCAGUGAAAGCCACUUCAGCAUACUUUUCUGCCUGAGGAAGGAUUUACUUGGGGACUGGAGGACAGAGCGGCGGUUUGACCUGUAUUACUAUGAUGGCUUGGCCAACCAACAAGAGGAGAUCUGUCUGACCAUAGAUACAUCACAGCACUAUGUUGAAGACAAAGAGAAUGAUCUUGUUCCUCCACUUGAACACUGCAUUCGCACCAAGUGGAAAGGAGCUGUUGUUGACUGGAACGGCACAGAACCCAUCCUGUGAGUGAGCUGAUCCAUCAUCAGCUGAGAGCAAACUUGUUCCCACACUUUGGAGGAAGCUGGGCAGAUGCAGUUGGACCCUCCCAUAGGACUGGAUGAUAGUGGGAUUACAUCUUAGUCACUCUUUGGUGUAAACACUAGCCAUGUGCAUGUGAACCUGCUUUCCUUUGCUAUGUACAGUGUGGGAGAGCAGCAAAACCUGCCCUGACAGCCAAAAUUCAGGCUGCAGGAAAGAAGCAGUAAAUCUGUCAAUAUGCUGGUUUCUGAAUCCACCCCCACGUCCUGCAAUUGUAUCUACUUCACAACAUGGAUGGUACCCUUCCGACAGAGCUUUAGUGAUGGCUCUUUUCCACCACCUCUAUUGUAAAUCAAGAAAACAGAAGAUAUACACUCACAAAGUGUAGAUGGAGUAAUUCCUAUCUUUAGUUAGUGCCUAUGUGUCAACCCAAAACACCAGAAGAAAGGAGGUUGUGGCUAAUAAUUUGCUUCCAUUAUGUUUGGACCUCUGAAUAUAGGAAGGUCCAAACUUAAAGGGGUUGCCCACCUUAUGUCAAGAUAUUGUUUGUCAAUGAGUAUUUUAGAGCUGAGGUCUAGCCAUUGAAACUGAGGUACUAUAAGGUAUACUCUAAAUCGAUCACUUGGUGUUGGGACAGGAUACUUUAUGAUUCAGAACUAUUCAUUUUUGCUGGUCCAGAAAUGACAUUCAUCACCAAGCAGGUCUUCCACAAUACUUUCCCUACAACCAUUGUGAUUGGUUCCAAUUAUUAGAUGACUGCAUGUGAAUGUAUUUCCUGGCUGCCAAACAUACUGAAUGUAGAUCCCAGGCAGGGAGACAGACUAUGUGAAAUGCCUGACUCAAGAAACAGUUACAACGGAAAAUAUGUCCAGGGAGAGGAUUUGCUCUGGGGAGACCAAUCUCUACAAUGACUAAAAUGUCUAGACUGGAUGUCCAUCAGAGACGCAUUUCCAAUAAUUUAUACAUUGGAAAUUAAUAUAUAAAGACAAUACAGAAUACACUCUGAAGGACACAGGUGGGUGGUUUCUCCUUUGUUUGGUCAGAUUAACUAAGUUUACAAAAGCAGUGGCUCCAAGAUGUGUUCAUAGUCCUGUGUUCAUGACUAUCCAUGUCCUAGGCAGAGUUGGGUCUAAAAUCUUCAUAUCUGCUGAUAUUCUGCCUUUAGCAUUAUGCCCAGCUGGGAAGAAAGAGGUCAGGAGAAAGGGGCCAAGAAGUGUCACAUUUCUUAUCCGUGCCUCACUUGUGCCUUAGGAUCCUAGAACUGAAAGAUGCCUUCUGAAAUGUAUCAUUGUUUAGGAGUAAUAUUUGCAAUGGAAUAUAGUGAUUUGGUAUGACACUGCCUCCUUGGAACUUUGAAGCUACUUGGUGGGUAUUUUUAAUGUCAUUUUGUAAAUAAAAGUGGGCCUGAAAGGGA